AUGGCUAACGCCUCCCUGGCUCCCAACGCCUCCCUCCCGGACGACCGCGACCAAGCCCUGGCUGUGGCCGAGGUGACCGUCUUGAGCGUGGUCUUCGUGCUGGCCACGCUGAGCAACGGGCUGGUGCUGGCGGCGCUGGGCCGGCGCCGUGCCCGCUCUGCCCCCAUGCACCGCUUCAUCUGCCACCUAUGCCUGGCCGACCUGGCGGUGGCCCUUUUCCAGGUGCUGCCGCAGCUGCUGUGGGACGUCACCGACCGGUUCCUGGGCCCCGACCCCCUGUGCCGGGCCGUCAAGUACCUGCAGGUGGUGGCCAUGUUUGCCUCGUCCUACGUCAUCCUGGCCAUGACCUACGACAGGCACCGGGCCAUCUGCCGGCCAGCCGUGGCCUUCCGCCGGGGCCGCGUCAGCUGGAAGGCCCCGUUGGUGGCAGCGUGGGGAUCCGCGCUGCUGGUCAGCCUGCCCCAGCUCUUCAUCUUCUCCAAGGUGCAGCUGCCCGAGGGAGCCAGCGACUGCUGGGCCACCUUCGCCGAGCCCUGGGGGGCCCGGGCCUAUGUCAGCUGGGUCACCCUCAUGGUCUUCGCCCUGCCCACCCUCUUCAUUGCCGCCUGCCAGGCCCUGAUCUUCCGCGAGGUGGCCAGGAGCCUGGGCCGGGGUCCCCGGGGGGCCCAGGGCAGGGGGGUCUCGGCGGCCGUGGCCAAGACGCUGCGCAUGACGCUGGUCAUCGUGCUGGUCUACGUGCUCUGCUGGGCCCCCUACUUCUGCGUCCAGCUCUGGGCCGUGUGGGACCCCCGGGCGCCUGUGGAAGGACCAGCCUUUACCCUGCUGAUGUUACUGGCCAGCCUGAACAGCUGCACGAACCCCUGGAUUUACGGGGCUUUCAGCAGCAGCGUCUCGGGGGAGCUGAGCCGCCUGGUGUGCCCCCGGCUGUCCCGGCCCCGCGCUGGGUCCCUGCCCAGCGACUCCACCCUCACGGGCACUUCGGGGCUGAGCCGGGACCCCCCGGCCUGA